AUGACUGGAUCGGUAGAGGCGUCUCCGACGUCAAAUCCUUCGCCAAGGUUCUGUGCCGACUGCGUAUACCCGAGCGACUCAACUCCUACUAGGCAGCCGGUUCCCCCAGCACAGAAGGUAUAUUCCUCAUCUCGCCCCUCACCGCCGUCCGUACCACCUCUGCCAGAGGUGGAGGUUCCGUUCCCGUACUUCACCGGCGACAUCUUGGAGCGAGUGUGCCGUCACAUGUCGUACCGCUUCCGCAUGUCAUCGUUUGGCACGGAGGACGGGUGCUACCGCGUGUACGCCAUAAAGACGCGCAUAAUUCCGCGCCCGAUGACGCUUCCGUUAGUGGAAUACCUGGACAUGAAGGAUCGGGCCUUCAUCGCCGAUUGGGAUGAGUUCAUCACGGUGCAGAUGGUGAAGGCGGCAACCUUGCUCAAUUAUGAGGAACUACUGCAACUCGCCUCGGCGAAGUUGGCCUCGUAUCUUAUCGAUCGCGACUUGGAGGAAGUGCGAAUGCUGCUCGGCGUGAAGGGUGACUUCAAACCGGCCGAGGACGCUGAGCUAAAGAAGGAGCGGGCGGUGGACUGCUUGCGCUAG